UCCCUCUCCUCCUCCUUCCCCUCCACCACCCUCACCACCGCCACCCUCCCCUCGCCCACCCUCCCCAGCUCCUCCCCUCACGCCGGGUAUUAAGCGUCCACCACCCUCUCCACGCCCGAAACCGCCUUCGGCACUGCCACCACCCUCACCGCCACCGCCCUUCCCUCCCCCUCAACCUUUCCCUCCUACUGUCGUAACCCACGACUGCGUCAUCAGCAACGCCAACGUACCCUACGCGCCCUCCGCCCUCUUCCUGACGGACACCGUAGACCAGCAAAACUACCCUGCCGUGGCCAUGUGCACGACCAUUUCCGCCCAGAAGUGCCGAAAGGCGGCGUUCUGCUGUUCCAUGGACCUGGCCAAGAUGGAAGUUCCCGUCAAUAACGCCUGCAAGAGCGACCUCCGGCGCAUCACCAUUAACGGUAUCGGAGUGUCCUACAGCUGGGGCCUCUACACCAGCAAUGUCACAACCCUCAAAUUUGAGGACUUGUCCGUUGACCUGCCGAAUCCCGAUGGAGCCACGCUCUGCUGGGUGGUGCGGCCUGGGGCGUGUUCAACCCCGUCCGCAUUCUGUCAAACCGGAUACUGCCAGGUUGCUCUGUUUUCAAGCAACAACAAAUGUUGUCCGUCCUCCUACAUUUAGAGCAUUUAACACCUGAAAGGAGAAUAGGCCAGGCAUGCUGGGCUGGAGCAAGCAAAAUACGUAGGAGCUGAGGAAGGACUAUUGCUCCUGUACUGGAGCCACUGCGGUUGGUUCUUGUAAGGUGUGUUUUGAUGUCGACCAGCUGACCCAAAUGGUUAUUCUUUAAUGUUUAUUUGCAGGUGAUUUGUGUAAACCCAACGCUGAAAGUCGACGCGCUGGCACGGGGUGUGUGUCGUCGUUAUGUAUCGAAGUCAUUUGUAAUGUGUGUGCCAAGGGAUUUAUGGCUAGAGAAAUUGCGUGCGCAGUCCGCACUUUGCAGGUGUUAAGAGUACGUUGCGCAGUGGUGGUGUAUAUGACGGCGUGAACGGACUGACUGCGUAUGCAUGCAUUCCAUCAUUGCGCUCAACGGUUAUUCGGCCGUCAUAGAAACCUACAUUGCUGAUUCCUAUCUAGCAGUUAUUUAGAACAUGUUUAAAAACUCUAUAGGAUUGGCCCUGAAUGGUAAUCUUAUUAUUUCACGCACGUGCUUAAUUGACUAAUUGUGUUCGACGUAGCUUAUACGCGAGCUACGAUAUUCGCGACGAAAGUUGCUUUGUGGGCAGCGUCAGGUGCUACUGUAUUCACUAGGCCUUGUAACGAAGCAACGGCCCGAA